AUGGGACAGCUCAGGGCUAAAGUCAUUAAUGGCGGCGGUGCAGUGGCAGAGUGGGAGGCGGGGCUUCCGACCGGAGCAGAUCUUCCGCCGCUGUAUCAGUUACUGAUACCGCAAGGACUAGCUUCCGCUUUCCUCAUCUCUCCGCAGCAGAACCCCACCGUCGUCGAUGUGGAUCGUGCGUCGGAGACGACCUUCUCCUCCAUCCAAAACGGCCGUGUAUCUCACGCGCCGUCGUCCGACACGAAGAAACCCAUGACGGCGGCGAGGAAGCGGCAGAGGAUGGUGUGGACGCCGGAGUUGCAGAGGCGGUUCCUGGACGUGGUGGGCCAUCUGGGCGUGAACAACUCCGUCCCCAAGACCAUCGUGCAGAUGAUGAACGUGGAAGGGUUGACUCGCGAGAACGUCGCCUCUCACCUCCAGAAUGUAGAAACCUAA